CCAUCCUCACGGUGGCCGUGGUGGCCCGGGACCUCGGGGGAGGGGCUGGGGGAGGGGCCUCACCCCGUUCGGCCACGGCGCUCAUCACCGUCCACGUGCGUGACGUCAACGACAACACGCCCACCAUCGUGGACCCCCCCACACCGCUGCUGCUCUCCGUGGGUGAGAAUCUCCCGGCGGGAUCCCAUGGUGGCGACGCUGACGGCCACCGAUCCGGACGAAGGCCCCAACGGCCUCGUCACAUUCCACCUCCUCCAGCUCCUCCACCACCACCGCCGCCGUCACCUCAUCAUGCCGGGGGAGGGGCGGGGUGGUGGAGGGAGGACGACACGGACGGCGGAGGCUCGGGCGUCGCGAAGCGUCGGCGGUGGUGGUGACGGUGGUGAUGGGUGUGAUGGGGGUGAUGAUGAUGAUGGGGGUGAUGAUGAUAUCCCCUUCGUCAUCGACCCUGGCAGUGGCGAGGUGAGGACGACGAAGGUGCUGGACCGAGAGCAGAGGGACACCUACAGCUUCCAGGUGGAGGCGAGGGACCAGGGCUCCCCGCCCCGAUGCUCGCGCACGAAGUCCACGGUGCGGGUGGCCGACUCCAACGACAACGCGCCCGGACUGACGCUUCUACCCGUGCAGGGCCACCGCUCCCCGGCGUUCCUGCCGCUCUUCAGCGCCGCCGGAACCCACGUGGCUCACCUCGAGGCCUAUGAUCUGGACGAGGGCCUCAACGGCACGGUGCGGCUCCACGUGGAGUCCUGGAGCGACCCGGCCUCCCUCUUCACCCUCGAGGAGGUCGCGACCGUCGGUCCCGUCGGCCAUGACCCCGACGAGGCCACCGCUGAGGCCGCCGCUGGCGAGGCCGGGAACGCAACGGCGGUGAGGGCCAGGCCGGUGGUGAGGGCCCGGCUGGCGCUGGCCCGGCGGGUCACGCCGGCCCACCGGGGCCUGCACCGCGUGGUGGUGGUGGCCCGCGACCUCGCGCCGACCCCGCUGGCGACCGCGUUGGCCGUCUACGUCCUCGUGAACGCCACGCGCGGCACGGAGCAAGAGGUGCAGCGGCUGCUGGCGCAGAUCCAGGCCCGCCCACAAGACGACCUCAUCAGCACCUUCGGGAUCCUGGAGGAGCAGCAGGAGGAGGUUGCGGAGCUGAACCGACGGACAGUUACGCUGGCCGUGGCCGGCGGCGCCGCGCUGGCGCUGCUGGCGCUGUGCGCGGGGCUGGUCGCCGCCUGCUACCGCCACCGCCGCCACCACCGCCACAACCGCCACAACCGCCACAACCACCACAACCUCCACCACAACCUUUCUGACCGCCAGUACUGCUGCCACAAUCUCCGCGGUGGUGCUGGCGGUGGUGACGACGACGACGACGAUGUCGUCAUUCAUAAACAUCAUCAUCAGCAGCAGCAUCAUCAUCAGCAGCAUCAUCAGCGGCUUUGCAGGAGUCUGCAGUGCGAGCUGAAGGAUCGGUCGGAGUGGUUCGAUUUCGGCGGCGGCGAUUAUCGGCGCUCGGGCAUUUCCGUCGGAGCCGACCUAGGGGCGGACGAGGCUUCGGAGGAUGAAGCGGAGGAGUCGGAGGAGGCGAGCGGCGGAUACCUGGAGUGCGGCAACGCCCUGUGGUUCGCCCGGGGAAGCAAGAAGAGCAGCAGCCGGGCAGCCACGGUGACUCCGAGAGGGAAGAGGAGGAGGGGGGGGAGGGGCGGGGGGGGCAGCGGGAGGGGCAGCGGGGGGGGCCAGGAGAUCGCGAUGAGGACCCUGAAGCGGGAGCUCAGAGACGACGACGAUGAUGACGACACAAAGAGGAGGAGGAUGAUGUCACCGACAAUGGCUUCCACCACGUUGGUGGACGUGGGGGGAGGAGGGGGAGGGGGUCCAGAGGGGGGCGGGGGUGGCCAUCUUGGAACUCUGCCCGGCUCCGUGAUGGGAGGUCCGGCCGGGGUGGACUGCCCGGCCCGUGCCCUCCCCUACCCGGCGCUGACCCCGACUCUGACCCCGGCACUACCCCCGGUGCUGCCCGUUGCCAUGACGAAGGGCAGCGCCGUGCGGCGGCUUCCGGCGGACAACACCUUCGUGUCCACGGCGGCGGAGGGAUACGGGGGCGUGGCUGCCGCUGGCUCCGCCCACUGCGCUGAAAGUAGUCCCGGCCUGAGCCGCGGGGAUCUCAGAUCGAGUCUCCGUCAGAAGGGGCGACUGACUCCGCUCCAGGUACGAUUCGCCGACGAUGACCCCGACUCAGAUGACCUCCCAUUGGGCGAGAGCCUCGGCCAAUUGGAGCGCAGCCCGAGCCGCUGUGCCACGCCCUCCAUCGAUCGGGCCAAUCAGAAGACGCCCCUGCCCCUGCCGCCUCGGAGCCCCGCCUCCAACCCCGCCCACUCGCACGGCCGGGCCAAUCAGAGGACACCUACAUUCUCCAGCCCCACCCCCAGCCCCGCCCCUCCAUACGACCGGGCCAAUCAGAGGACGCUCUCUUUUUCGAGCCCCGCCCAUCCAUACGACAGGGCCAAUCAGAGGACGCCUACCUUCCCUAGCCCCGCACCCAGCCCCGCCCAUCCAUAUGACUGGGCCAAUCAGAGGACGCCUACCUUUCAUAGCUCCGCCCCCAGCCCAACCCAUAUCUACGAACGGGCCAAUCAGAGGACGCCAACUUUCCCCAGCCCCGCCCCCAGCCCUGUCCACCCGUACGACCGGGCCAAUCAGAGAACGCCUACCUUUCAUAGCUCCUCCCCCAGCCCAACCCAUAUCUACGAACGGGCCAAUCAGAGGACGCUCUCGUUUUCGAGCCCCGCCCAUCUAUACGACAGGGCCAAUCAGAGGACGCCUACCUUCCCUAGCCCCGCACCUAGCCCCGCCCACACGCAGAACCGGGCCAAUCAGAGGACGCCACCUCAUCGAAGUCCCGCUGCUAGCCCCGCCCACUUGUACGACCGGGCCAAUCAGAGGACGCCCACGUUCCCUAGCCCCGCUCCUAGCCCCGCCCACACGCAGAACAGGGCCACUCAAAAGACACCGCCACCCCGGAGCCCCGCCCACCUGAGAAGCAGAGCCAAUCAGAAGAUGCCUGCGUUCAAUAACUCCACCCACCAUACUUCACCAAGGGCCAAUCAGAAUCCAGAACUUAACCAUGCUCACCGCUACACAGCGGAUCGGCGGGAUGAGCCAAUGGCGUUCGAGCUUCUUGAAAACGCCUCUUCUCCCGUUCUCGCCGGCAUCCCCCCAGAGUUCCUCACCUCCUCCACCUCCACCACCGCCGCCGCCACCACCUCGUCAUCAUCAUCGUCGUCGUCGUAUCUGCGACGAUCUUCGCCCUCCUCCUCGCCCACCAACGAUGACCGGGAGGUCUCCGAGCUCACGGACAGAGCUGCCCCCUCGCUCCCCUGGACCCCCGCUCACCCCCGCAACCCCCAGCCCCCCGCAAAGCCGCCACCUUACCCACAACCCCCCGCGGUGGCGGCGGCGGCUCCCACAAUCCCCUGCGGCAGAGCGGGCGUGGCGGCCAUCUUGGUACCGGCGGGCUACGUGGCCGAGGCAGCCGGCGGCUUCUCCAACUCCUCGCUCGUGUGAGGCCCCC